UUGUAGCACGCCCCAAAUCCUCAACAAGAACAAGGACAAGCGUUGUGAAACAUUGUAUUUAGUCAUGUUAAUAAUUAGAGCAGUAGUGAUUAAUUUCUCUCACCGUCCCUUGAUGGAGACGCGCCAAGAAACCACAACAACAGGCAGCGGAGGAAGAGGCCGAGGCGAGGUGUGAGCUGCAUUUUAUUAUACGUGUUUCUGACAUACUACACAGGUUGUUGGGAGAAACUAGCUAACCAAGAGCGAGAGGGGAAGCGGAGGUGUGGCUGUGUUGUUUGAAGUGGGACGUGCGCCGUGAGGAAGGACGAGGAAGCCAGCAUGCCGGAGAUCAAAGUCACUCCUCUUGGUGCGGGACAGGAUGUGGGCCGGAGCUGUAUCUUGGUGACAACUGGUGGAAAGAACAUUAUGCUGGACUGUGGCAUGCAUAUGGGUUACAAUGAUGACAGACGCUUCCCGGAUUUCACCUACAUCACUGACGGUCCACUGACAGAGUUCCUUGACUGUGUGAUAAUCAGUCACUUCCACCUGGACCACUGUGGCGCUCUACCCUACAUGACAGAGAUGGUGGGCUACAGUGGACCCAUCUACAUGACCCAGCCCACAAAGGCCCUCUGCCCUGUGCUGCUGGAGGACAUGCGAAAGGUGGCAGUGGAGAGGAAAGGUGAGACCAACUUUUUCACCUCCAGCAUGAUCAAGGACUGCAUGAAGAAAGUGAUCACAGUGUCCCUGCAUGAAACAGUGCAGGUGGAUGGGGACCUUGAGAUAAAGGCUUACUAUGCUGGCCAUGUCCUUGGUGCAGCCAUGUUCCAUAUCCGUGUGGGUCAGCAGAGCCUUGUGUAUACGGGAGACUACAACAUGACCCCUGACCGUCACUUGGGGGCUGCCUGGAUAGAUAAGUGCCGCCCCGACCUCCUCAUAUCCGAGUCAACUUAUGCCACCACCAUCAGGGACUCCAAACGUUGCAGGGAGCGUGAUUUCCUGAAGAAGGUGCAUGACUGUGUGGAACGUGGAGGCAAGGUGCUCAUCCCUGUGUUUGCCUUGGGUCGUGUACAAGAGCUGUGCAUCCUCCUCGACACCUACUGGGACCGCAUGAACCUCAAAGUGCCUGUAUACUUCACCAUGGGUCUAGCAGAGACAGCCAACAAAUACUACCGCAUGUUCAUCACUUGGACCAACCAGAAAAUCAGACAGACUUUUGUUCACCGCAACAUGUUUGACUUCAAGCACAUCAAGCCAUUUGACAAAAGCUACAUGGACAAUCCUGGGCCGAUGGUGGUGUUUGCUACGCCAGGAAUGCUGCAUGCUGGCCUCUCCUUGGCGAUCUUCAAGAAGUGGGCACCCAACCAAAACAACAUGGUAAUCAUGCCUGGGUACUGUGUCCAAGGUACUGUUGGCCAUAAAAUCCUCAACGGAGCAAAGAAGAUAGACUUUGAAAACCGUACCAGCGUAGAGGUCAACUUGAGUGUAGAGUACAUGUCAUUCAGUGCACAUGCAGAUGCCAAGGGUAUCAUGCAGCUGGUGAGGCACUGUGAACCAAAGAAUGUGCUGCUCGUCCAUGGGGAGAAUGCCAAGAUGGACUUUUUGCGGCAGAAGAUCAUGCAGGAGUUCAACAUUAACUGCUACAAACCAGGUAAUGGGGAGACUGCCCACAUCUCUGUCUCUAGCAACAUGGAGGUGGAGGUGUCUCUGUCGUUGCUGAAGCACACUAUGGCUGCCUCCUCAACUUCUCCAGCCUUGCCACCUGCCCCCACUACUUCAGGCAAGGCAGAAGAACCACCCACCAAAAAACAGAAAAUCCUGCAUGGUGUCCUCAUCAUGAAGAACAAUAGCAUGAAAAUCUUGGGGGUGAAUGAGGCGUGGGGAGAGCUGGGGAUUGUUUCACACCAACUCCGCUUCACUGAGAGGAUAGAAGUGGAGCACAUUGGCCCAGUGCAGGCACUCACCUCCUCUCUACACACCCUGCUGUCACAGAAGCUUGGGGCAACUCAGGUGCAGGUGGUGAGUGAAUACCAGCUUUCUGUAGCAGACUCAGUGGUGAUCAACAUUCAAGAUGACAAUGAUGACCCAGGGAAGAAUAUCCUCCUCUCUUGGACACACCAGGAUGAGGCUCUGGGAAGCAAGCUGCUGGAAAUCAUAAAGGCCAAUUUUAAAAAAUGACCAAUGCCCAACAAUCCCUCUUCCUCCUCCACUCCAAGCCACCCGCCUCCUCCACUCGCUGCCUCCUCUGCCAGUCAGCUAACCCAUUCUGCACAUCCAUUAAGUGAAUCCUACAUUGAUCUGUCUUGAAUCAUUGCUGCAAAAAAAUGUGGCUUGUUCAGCUACUUUUUGGUGCAUGAAGAAGCAGAGCCUCCUUGCUGCCAAGAAGGAACCAUUGCCUGAAUCAUCCCACUACACACAUGAUGGGUGCUGUGGUUAUAUCAGGACUCAGGUGGCGUUGUGGUGCCUUGUAGUGGGUGAACACUUGAAUCUCUUCUUCUUCUUUUAUUGAAGGGAACAAAGUGAAAGAGUGAGAACAAAUAUUAAUGUACAAAUAUACUGUUCAUGUUUACAUUUUUCAUGUCAGAAUAAUAAUUAUAUUUCUUACCAUUUACCUCCUCUGUACAGGAACUUCACUGUAUGAUUGUCCUCAAAUACUAAUUAAGACAAAGUAAGGGAAGUUGGUGUUAUCCCAGGCAGUGUUCAUCUCAUCUCAUGUAACAAAUAGUAGUAUACAUAAUGAUAGUACUUAAUGCCAUUUUACACUUCAGGUUAUAGAGUAGAUGUUCUGCAUAGGAGUUUAAGUAUGUUGUGUAUUCUCCUGCAGAGUGUUCACAUAGGUUGAUGAUGAUGGUAUAGAAAUAAUGAUAAUGAAAAUAUAUAGAGAAAGUAAGCAAGAGAAAUAAUUAUUUAUGGAGUAACAAUAGUAAGGUGCAAUAAUCCAUCUGCAGUGAAUUCAUAAGAGAAGCAUGGUAUAUAGUGAAAGUGAUAGGUGCUGUAGGUAUGAGAGCAACCCUUGUGGCAAGAUGUAUUGUGGUUGUGAGGGAGUGAGAGGCCUGGAUUAUUUAAGGGUAGGAUGCCUAGACAAGCAAUUUGAGGUGACUUAUGACCAUCAAAAAGUUGGAGGAUAUACUCAUGAGUACUUGACCAUAUAUGAAUGUGAUGUAUGAAAUAUCAAAAUUUAGUAUUGAAGUCCAAACUUAUCCAAUACAUUGAUUAUGAAAUUACAGUGCUCAUAGUAUGUGAAGGAUCAUUCACUAUCUUCACUUGCUUGUCUAAUCUUUAAGAGUUUUCUCAUGUCAAGAAUGUGAUGUAUCUGGAUCUGCUAGUCAAAAUAAGGUGCGGUUCAGUUUCAAGACUCAAGAAGUGAAAGGUAAGAUUGAUUUGUAAUUUUUGUCAGUGUCAACCUUCUAAAUCAUUACUUUUAAAAGUUUUUUUUCUCUCUCUCUCUCUCUCUCUCUCUCUCUCUCUCUCUCUCUCUCUCUCUCUCUCUCUCUCUCUCUCUCUCUCUCAGUACCUCUGUGUUAUGUAUAUAUUUUACUUUUCUGAGGAGUCACUCCAUAGCAGAGGUAUCAAUGCAGUGCUGUACUUCAAUCACUAUAUCAUCCCUCUGAUGCCAUACAUCUGUUCUUCAGGUAUGCAUAUGUCAGUGCACAUUGAUUUUUAUACCUAAAUGCUGCACCAUGUCAUGCUUCAGGAUUAUUUUGAAUACAGCUUUGUUGAAAUCUUUGGUGUUAAUGUAGGAAUCUUGUUGAAAGUAUAGACGAAAGACUUUUAUCUUAAUUGUUAUCAUAUACCUAUAGUUGUUCAUGACUUUUGAAUGAGAAACUGGAGUCAAUCUCACUCAUGGUAAAAUAAUAAGUAAAGAUGACUACUUGCACACAACCCUCAACCAAAUUCAUAAGUACUGUACAAAGAUUUUUAAUUGCUCUUUUGUCUCAAGGCCUGCAAGGGUUUAAUAUGACCAGCCACACUGAGCAAGGAUGAGCUGCAAGCCACUCAAGAUCUAUCACCUCUCUUGUGUAGAGUUACAAAAUGUCAUUUUUAACCAAAUGUUAUCAUCCACUCCAUUGCUCUGUUGGCUGAUAUUUUCACAAGGAAGAGAAGCCAGACACACUUCACACACUCCUCAAAACUUAACCGAAUCUGACUUUAGCCCCAGAACAUACUAGUGUAGAAGACUGAUCACUGAUGACCACCACAGAGGGGAAAGUGAACAAGUAUGUCUGAGUCUCUCCACACUGGUGUAGCAAUAACCGUGGUAGUGGUAGUGGCAAGGCACAGAGGUGGUACUGUGUCAGAGAUUAUUAAGUUUCACUCAAGGCCACUCAGGGACAGGGGAAAAUUUAAGGUAGUUUCACACUGAAGACGAAAUGCCUGAUGCAUGCGGUUCUAAGCUGCAUGGUGUAAAAUCACCUCUGUGUAUUUCCAGUAGGAAUGUUCACUCGAGAUGCGAAAGCUUGGGACACAUGCCAGCCACACUGUGCUCACCAAUUCUAAGAUUGCCGGGCAGGCAAUUUUUCUGGCCAUAGUGUCAAUGACUCAUGUUACCUUGAGACUCUUGUCUUUGUGCUUUCAUCUCCAGAGGCUCACACUUUUUUUUUUUAAUACCAUUGGCCUGACUGCAACUCUCCCUUACUUACUCACUGCCCAACACUAUGAACUCAUGGAUUUCCUGUAGUUGGUGCCUUGCUUUUUAACCCCUUCACCACAAUGUUUAUUUUGCUAACCCCCAUCCAUAAUACAAGCUCUCUUGCAGGCCCCCCAACCGCUACACUCAACUUACCUUUUUUUUUUUUUUUUUAACACAUGCUAGACACUUCAAUAAAAGUUAUGUUAGGUUUAGUUCAGUUUGAAUAGCUUGGGUUAGGUUAGAUUAGAUUGUGUAAAGUUACAUAAGGUUUACAUAUGAAAAAAUAAUACCUAACAAUUUUAUCCUAUCAUAACCUUCAUUGAUGUGUCUAGUAUUGUGUUGAGCAAAAAAUAUCAAAGUGUAUAUGAAAGCGGGCGAAAAGCAAGUUUGAGUGGAUGGAUGUGUAGCGAGUGGUUGGGGGUGUCGCAGGAGGGCAUGUAUUGUGGGAGGUACCAAAUCACACCAUUCACUUUCUUUUUUCCUGUAAUGGAAUUAUACACUUAUUCCCUCUCGUUCAUCCAUUUUCAUUGGCUAUCUACCACUUCACUGUCAAAUAUAUACAUGACAGCUUCACCUGGGCAUGUAAAUGGAGGCAUAGACAUGGCAAAAAGGUUGGCAGGGUCAAGGUCAUCAGCACUGGCACUGAACCGGGAAUGGGUCUGGCUGCACGUCACUGAAGGGAUCAGACAUGAGGCGCCACCCAUGGUCCAUCAUGGGCUCAGUUUCAUCCAUAAAAUCAUCUUCACCCUCAUACUCACAUUCACUUUCACCACUAUCAUCACUUGCAUCAUCACCUUGAAGGUGCUCAAAGUCGAAGUCAGAAGGCUCAGUGUCACCCAUGGCGAUAA